ACUUGUACAGACAGGAGCAGAGCUGCUGGGCUUGCAGGAAAUGGCAGUAACUCUUGCAGGAAACUCCACAGCAACUCUGGAAACUACAGUUUAACCAAAAUGUCCCAGGCUAUUUGUUGCACACUGGUCAGCUGUAACUGCGACAGUUUCAAACCAGGAAAGUUGAAACGUCGGCAGUGUGAGAACUGCAAGCAUGGAUGGGUUGCUCAUGCACUGAGCAAGUUGAAGGUGCACCAUUCAUAUCAAGGUAGCCAAGUGGAGAUCGUGCAUUCCAACGUGGUGUUUGACAUCUGCAGUCUGAUGCUGUAUGGCACGCAGGCUGUCCCUGUGCGGCUGAAGAUCCUGCUGGACCGGCUGUUCAGUGUGCUCAAACAGGACGAGGUCAUCCAGAUCCUCAGCGCUCUCGACUGGACCCUGCAGGACUACAUCCGUGGAUAUGUGCUGCAGGAUGUGGCUGGUAAAGUGCUGGAUCGUUGGGCUAUUAUGACCUUUGAGGAGGAGGUUGCUACCCUACAGCAGUUUCUGCGCUUUGGGGAGACCAAGUCCAUUGUGGAGCUGAUGGUCCUGCAAGAUAAAGAGGGCCAAGCCAUCAUCGUGCCAACCGCCAGGGCCAAUUCCGACAUCCGCAGCUUCAUAGAGAGCAGUACCCACCGUUCCUCAAUCCCACCCCCUAAAUCAGAGCAUCUGUGCAGAAGUAACGGUCACCAUUUUGAGAGUCUUGUCAACAGCAUGGCUUUUAUGCUGCCCCUACAACUGCUCAGCUCUGCGCCUGCUCCACUGCUCAGCUCCCGGGCAGACCCCAGCCAACAGGAGACACCACUGAGGCAUGAUUCCUUGGUUACGGGUCAUGACAACUCUACCCACCUCACCUCUGACCUUGAGAGGGACGAGUUCCCAGCAGAAAGAGCAAGCACAAAGAUAGAAUCUGAAGAUUUCACAAUUAAUGAUAACUAUUCUUCACCAGCUACACCCUGUGCCUCCUCUGUCAGUUCUGAUAUCAUUCAAAUGUCCCCAGAGUCAAAGAUCAGGCCAGGUGAGAAGAUUGCUGGAAUGAAGAAAGGCCGUGUCUUCUGCAGUGCCUGCGAGAAAACCUUCUAUGAUAAGGGCACACUUAAGAUUCACUACAAUGCUGUGCACCUUAAGAUCAAACACAAAUGCACUAUUGAGGGCUGCAACAUGGUUUUUAGCUCCUUAAGAAGUCGUAACCGACACAGCGCCAACCCCAACCCACGCCUGCACAUGCCCAUGAAUCGCAACAACCGGGACAAAGACCUGCGGCUAGGGUUGAGUGAGGCAGAGGAGGGUGGGGCUGAGGGUGAGGUUGGGGGCGAGGGGGAGAAGCGUGAGUUUGGAACAGCAGCAGCAGACAGCAGAUCUGUCUCCAGUUACAUCAGCAACUCAGAGCCCAAACUGCACAGCUCUUUCUCCAACAUCAGCCAAAGUGGCAUACUCUUCCCCAACCUAAAGACCGUGCAGCCUGUACUACCCUUCUACCGCAGCCUGGUGACCCCUGCAGAACUGGCUAACACACCUGGAAACCUGCCCUCACUCCCAAUCCUCUCUUCCUCUGUGCCUGUCAGUGUGAGUGAGCUGGAGAUCAGCUCUGAACCUGUACCCAAGAAGAAGUCUCGCAAAUCCAGCAUGCCCAUAAAGAUUGAGAAGGACGAACUGGCAGAGGGCAGCGGCUCUGAUGAUGAAGCUCCUCCUGCCAGCUCUGACACUGGGGCAGAGUGUGUGACACAGAUGGAAUAUGCGCAUGGGGUUAUCCCUGCCAGCGUCUUAGCCCUGCCCUCCCGCACAGUGGAAAUGCAGCCAGAGGCCAAACUCCAACAUGAGACCUUUAUUGCUACUUCCAUGCCAUCUAUCUUCAGCAGCACUCAGAAAGAACAUCACUCCCCCGUGGACUCAGAGGGCGACCAAACCUGCAAUGAAGUAAACCGUGGGGACAGUGAGCUCAAACCAACUAGUGGCGCAGCACUGAGAAACACAGAAGUUAGUUGUGAUCACAGAGUUGUCUGUGCAGAUGGAAGCAGCGAUUUGCACAUAUCAUGCGCAGACGAAGCAGAGGAGCUUCUCCAUCACUGUGACAGUUGCAAUAAAACGUUUAAAAACCCCUACAGUGUGAAGAUGCAUUACCGCAGUGUACACCUAAAGGAAAUGCACAUGUGCACAGUAGCUGGCUGCAAUGCUGCCUUCCCUUCCCGCAGAAGCAGGGACAGACACAGUGCAAAUUUGAAUUUGCACCACAAGCUGUUGACCAAAGAUCACUUCGGCGUCUUCACUCCAUCAUGCAGAGAUAUGGCCAAUGAGUCUCACCCAGAUGUCCCUCAUAGGGAGCAUCUGAUCCAGACCUCAGUGAUCUCUAAGGGAAAUAACCGUAUGGGCCUGGUGUUCCCGAUGAGUAAAGCAGUGGAGUGUGUGGAGGGUCCAGUAGAGGGAGCGACGGAUAACGAGGCUGUACUGGAUCUGAGCACUAGAGGAAGUGGUCACUCUUCUUCCUGGGACUCAGAUGCAGGCAGUGAAGAAGGGCUCCCUCUGGAUGACAGUGAUGAGAGUUGUGAUGGGUUGAAUACCAGUUCAGCAACAUCUCCAUCCUUCCCCAAUCAGCAGCUGCACAAUACCCCCAUCACAUGCCACGUGUGCCAGAAGGUCUACAGCAACAAGGGCACAUUCAGGGCACACUAUAAAACUGUGCACCUCCGGCUCCUGCAUAAGUGUAAAGUGCCAGGUUGCGAUAUCACAUUUUCCUCUGUUCGAAGUCGCAAUCGACACAGUCAGAAUCCAAAUUUGCAUCGGAACCUCUCAGCAGGCACCAUCAUAAACCAGGAGUAGGUCACUCUCACAAAAGCACAGCUCAAUAGAUCACUCGCAUAAAGAAGCAGAUCGCUCUGACAAAAGCACAGCUCUCGGCCACAG